UUUAUUAAUUGGGUUGCACUAUAUGAUCGUGCCAUUCUUUCUCUAUACACCAGAAAAACCGUCGCAUUCUAUCAUUUUAUUUUUGGCUUCUCUGCUGGAAAGUGGAAUUAACCUAGGUUGCAAAACUUUGGUUGCAGGUUAGUCUCCCAAAGGAAAACUAACUCCAGAUAAGCAUUAAAGCAAUUACAUCCUACACAAGUAAAGAAUCAUGUUCCUUCUCUUCCAAGGAUCAACUCGUGGGGAAUCAAAUGUAUGAAAGUUUCACAAACAUUAACCUAACGCUUUAGUUUCCCACAUAUUACUUUCUGCUCCAACAGCAAAGGCUGAUACCCCAUUCAACUCACUCUAGAAGAAAAGAACAUAUCCUCUUGUAACUUACAUGACAACCAAACACCCUUUGAUAUUCCCACUUUUGCUCCUUUCUUACUGCAUAAUUCACGUCUUUUCUCCCUUCUCCUUCUCAAUUAGUGCAACCAAAUUCAUUUAAACAAUCAGAAGUCAAUAUUUUAUGUUCAGUCUUAAAAAAUGUGCGAGACAAAGAAUUUCUACUUAUGGGUUCUACAAUUCUUCGGCCUCUUGGGUCUCCUAGCCCUCGUUCUAUGGUUGGCCUUACGUCCAGAAUCUCCUGAGUAUACCAUUGUGGAUAUCACCAUCCCAAAGUCCGAUAUAGACAAUGGGGGUCAAAAUGGCUCUAUCUUAUACGUCCUUGAAAUUAAAAAUUCCAACAAAGACUCUAGUAUUUACUAUGAUGACACCAUUUUGAGAUUGUAUUAUGGGUCAGAUACUGUUGGGGAGAAAACCAUACCUUCUUUUCGUCAAGGAAGAGGUAAAACCCGUGAAGUGACUGAUUCUGUGGAUGUCAACCCACGAGUUUGGAAAGCUAUUCGCAAUUCCAUAUCCAAUGCAACUGCAGAACUGAAGGUGGCAUUACUAACUCGGCUUCGAUAUAGAACAUGGGGAGUGAAGAGUAAGCAUCAUGGAUUACACUUGCAAGGUAAAUUAUUGGUUGGUUCAGAUGGUAAGAUUUUUGGUAAGAAGAAGAAAAUUAAGCUAC